CCUGCAGCAGAGGCUGAGCCCCAGAGAAAGGAGGAGCAGGAGCAGGAGGCCAGGCUCCAGGAGCCAGAGGCAGCAGCAGCAGCAGCAGAGGAGCAUCGCGCCUGGGAAGCCGCCUCCAACGAGCCUCCGGAAGCUGAAAACAGCAUCUGUGGCCGGGAAGUCACUGAGAUCACAGUAAAUCACUCUCCAGCAGUAGGUUCCUCUCAAGGCAUCUGCACCAAGAAAUUCCUCAUGACAACUCCACCCUGCAUGUUGGGAACCAGGUGAUGAAGAUGGAUGUACUGCGCCGCUCUUCUGUCUUUGCUGCGGAGGUGAUGGAAGUAUUCGACCGGACUCCCACUGACAAGGAGCUUGUGUCUCAGGCCAAGGUGCUCUGCAGAGACUACAUCCACUCCAGGCUGAUUCGGGCUGGAAUUGGCUGGAACAAGCCUGAACACAGUGUACCUGUUCCCGGGGGCAAGUUAGCAGAGGUGUCGAACAUACUUCUAAGGUUAGGUGAUGAGCUGGAAUACAUUAGGCCCAACCUUUACCGGAAUGUUGCACGACAGCUAAACAUUUCGCUGCACUCAGAAACGGUGGUGACGGAUGCUUUCUUGGCAGUGGCAACUCAGAUCUUUUCUUCAGGCAUAACAUGGGGUAAGAUUGUGUCUCUCUAUGCUGUGGCAGCUGGCCUUGCUGUGGACUGUGUGAGACAUGCUCAGCCAGCUAUGGUCCAUACCAUUGUGGAUUGCUUGGGAGAGUUUGUACGCAAGACCUUGGUAACCUGGAUGAAGAGGAGAGGAGGCUGGACUGACAUUACAAAAUGUGUGGUGAAUACUGAUCCCAACCUCCGUUCCCAUUGGCUAGUGGCUGCCAUUUGCAGCUUUGGCCAUUUCCUGAAGGCCAUCUUCUUUGUGUUGUUACCAGAAAGAUGAAAUCCAGUUGCCCAUGGAAGCCCCCUCUUCUUCUUCUUCUUCUUAUAGGCAUAGCUGGCAAACAGAAGGGGAAGAAAUUAAAUGAGGACGAAAGCUGGGCCAACUUUAAUUCUUCUGGCUUCCCCAGCUGCCAAACUGCAAAGACUGUCUUCAUCCAUGAUGGAGAAAACAGCUCACUUCUUGCAGCAAUCACCCUUUGCACAUUCAGAGUGGCUUAGGAUUAUGUUCACUGGUUUGGGAGAAUGAUGGGUUUGUAGCUGUUAUUUAUUUGUUUCCUUUUGUUCAAACCGUGUUCCAUUUUUAUGCAGGAAAAAAGGUAAGAAUCAUAGUUGGUGCUCUGACAAGAAGAAAACUGUGUCCUUCAUUUGUAAUGUAUCAACUGCUUCUUUGUUUUUCUGUUGCUCAGGUUCCUCCAGCCUUUCUUGAGUCAGGUUAAAGUUGUAAAAUGGAGGGUUUCUACAAAAGCAUGACAUUUUAAAUGGUUCUGUUGAGUUAUAGAACCAUCCCAGUUGUGCGACCCUAAAGGGGAGCCAAACAAAGAUUGAGUACUUGAACAACAGAUCUGCCUACUAGAUUUUAUCCUUUAUGUACAUGGGGCUUCAAGGAAGGAAAACCAGAAGUCAAUUUAAAAAAUCCUCUGCUUCUUGCCUAGUGGAACAAAAGAAUACAAGCUGCAGCAACUCUUAAAAGUAUACUAACAAAAGAAAUGUAACUGGAGCAUGAGAAAGUAAAUGUGGGUUGUAGGAGAUCCCAUCAGCAAAAUGUAUGAGGAGAACAAAAAGACAUUAUCUGUGAAUUAUACCCACUGCAGUGCAUUUACCAUGUGCAAUGUGUGACUUUUAUUUCUGUUGUGGUAAAUAAUAAAUGCUGAUUGAAUAUUU